AUGGCUUCCUCUCUCUCCUUCCUCCUUCUGUUCCUCUAUCUCUCCUCUCUCUCCGCCGCGAAUGUCCACUGGAGUAAGCUCCGCCGAUCGUCCCUUGUUGCUGGACCCGAACUUCACACCCACUCCGCCGGCUCACCCACUCGCUACUUCGAAGUCACCAGGCCCAUCAAGCUACCCAAAACCAAACCUUGCUCGUACCUAGCUUUACAACAUGACUUUGCACACACAUACGGGAAGCCCCCGGUUCUUGCCAAUUACACCCUGCCAUCGACUUGUUAUUCGCAGAGAUUCUCCAAGAUUGUGCUUGAAUGGAGCGCCACCUGCAAAGGCAAGCAAUAUGACCGGAUCGUCGGGGUUUGGCUCGGCGGGGUUGAACUUCUCAGGAGCUGCACUGCCGAGCCGAGUGCUACGGGAAUUGUUUGGACGGUCGAGAAGGACAUUACCAGGUACUAUUCGUUGCUCAUGAAGAACGGUACUCUUGCCGUUUCCCUUCGCAAUAUUGUGGAUAGCACCUAUACAGGGGUUUACCAUGUCAAGAUAAAGUUUCGUUUUUACCCUGCUGAUGACGAGCAUCUGGUGGCGGAUGUGGGAAAUGCGAGGAAUUCGGUUCCUGGGUAUGGUUCGAAUGCGGAUCUGAUCUUGCCCAUUUCAAGAAACUUGCCGUUGGAUGAUGGGUUGUGGUUUGAAAUCGAGAAUGCUACUGAUACAGAGACGAAGGAGUUUCAAGUUCCCCUGAAUGUCUACAGGGCAGUGCUAGAGGUUUAUGUGUCUUUCCAUGAGAAUGAUGAGUUUUGGUAUGGGAAUCUCCCCAAUGAGUAUAUUGAGGCCAAUAAUCUUACGGAGGUGGACGGGAAUGGCCCUUUCAGGGAGGUUGUCGUGAGUCUCGACGGUGAGGUAGUCGGUGCAGUUUGGCCUUUCACGGUGGUAUACACAGGAGGGAUCGAUCCUCUUUUGUGGAUCCCCAUCACCGGCAUUGGAUCAUUUGAUCUCCCUACAUACGACAUUGAGAUUACGCCAUCUCUAGCAAAGAUAUUAGAUGGAAAGCUCCAUGAAUUUGGCUUCAACGUCACAAACGCUUUGAACGUGUGGUACAUUGACGCGAAUCUGCAUCUUUGGCUGGAUGAUAAGAGCACGAAAACUGCAGGGAAGCUUCUGACUUCCGAUUGUCUGCCUCCUACUGUUUCUUCGGCGUUGGAUUUCAAGGGCUUGGAUGGGAAGCUUUUGACUGGGGCCAGCCGGUCCAUAUCGUCCAGUGGGUGGGUGAAGUCAUCAUAUGGGAAAAUCACGACCACUUGGAAGCAAGAAUUUAAUUACAGUAACGUGAUGGUCAGGGGGAAUCAAGCAAAUCUGCAAAUUAUUGAACAGCUGAUCCAAUUCAACGACAGCGUUGUUGCUACGAAGCGGUCCUCUACCCUUGCAUCCAUUCAAGUGUACAGAGAUUUCCCGUUUUAUUUAUACAACAACUACGUGGAUCAAGGAAAUGACACUUCCUCAUUUACUGCGAACAUCACGUUGGCUUUUAACGAGAAAAGGCAUGGAGAUUCUGGCUCCAAGCGCUCGGGUAGCUCAUUGAGCAAUGUGCAGAGCGGGCAGAGUUACGUGACAGUGAAAAACAACGUGGCAGUCGGCGGCUUCGUCAGUACUCAGCUAGUGUACAAGUAUGAUGGCAGUGAACUCUGCUACUUCAGAAAUGUGAGUAGCUCAAAUUUCAGAAUUCUUGAUGAUGACAUUGUCGAAGGAUGUAAGAACGGAGCAGAGUCUCAUCACGCGUCCCCACAUGACAGAUGA